AUGUUGCUUGUUAAACAUCUAAUUUUGUUUCUCUUCCUUAAGUUGGUGAUUGCAUUACCUCAAAUUAAUCUUUAUCUUACCGAUAGGAUAGAUAAAAAUACUGACAAUAUUGUCCAACAACAUGAUUGCCUUUAUUUUGAUUUAAGCAAAGAUCAAUGGUCUCGUGACAUCAUACCUUAUUGUAUGAGUGAAUCGACAUCAAAAUGGUCUAUUGUAAAAACUAAUGUUAGUGCACUCUUUACUUUUGCUGAACUCAGUCGACGAAAUAUUACAAGUAAACAAUUACAUCAAUGGUCAGCACCGAUAGAUACUAGUGAACGUUAUCAACUGUAUCUGUAUCAACUUUCAAUUGGAAAUGUAUUAUCAGAGAUGGGAACAGAAAUAUUUUACAAUUGUACUUUACCAGCAUUUGGUCCACAGUGUCAAUAUCGAUUGGAUUUUAAUAUUUCUGAUUCAACAUUAAAUGAACUUAUUCAUGUUUACUAUCGUCAGCAUGCUUAUGCACUAGAACCAUUGACAUGUUAUACUCAUUUACAAUGUAAUCGUGGCCCUUUUCCCAUAUGUGUAGAUUGGAGUGAAAUAUGUGAUGGAAAAUUCGAUUGUACUGAUGGUGUUGAUGAAGAAAAUUGUUGGCCACUUAUAAGUAAUAAAUGCACAGAUGAUGAAUAUCGAUGUGAUAAUGGUCAAUGUAUACAUCCAAGAUUCGUGAAUAUUGGUACCAGUUUCGAAUGUCUUGAUCGAUCUGAUCAAUAUGCUUCUUUAUCAACGAGUUCGUUUUAUAAUGAAUCUCGUGCACCAACAUUAACAAACGAAGAUAUCGUCUGUUCAUGGCGUGAACAUGAUAUGAACAAAUUUAUGCAUCCUUUUACAAGUUCAUGUAGAUAUCAACGUAAUGAAAGAAUCGAACAAGCAAUGUUUUCCGAUGUAUCAGAUCCAGCCAUAAGUCAUGAUUGUCUUUUGGCAUUCAAAUGUCAUUCUAAAAUUCCAACCGAUAACAAUCCAGUUUGCUCGAAUUUCUGUCAAAAUGAAACGUGUAUCGAAAUUAUAAAAAAUACUUGUCCAAAUAUAUUAUAUUAUCCAACAGUUCCGAUCGCUUUUGGUCAUAUCUACUUUGCUUAUACAAUCAAAUACGCUAUAAAUUGGACAGAUAUAGGACAAAUUCCACCUGAAUAUAUAUGUUAUAAUGAACAACUAUGUGGAGGAUUUGAUUCAAAUGUAACCUUUUUGUUCUUCAGAGGAACUACAUGUCGUCGUCCGAAAGAUUUUCCAAUAUCGGUUCAUUUCAAUGGAAUAGAUUGGUAUUCUAGUUAUAUUCAGCUAGUGUACUCACAACUUGGUCAUUGUAAUCGCAUAGUGCAUAAUAGUUUAGUUUGUGACAGUUCAAUUAUGUAUCAAUGUAAAAAUUCAUCGAAAUGUAUUCCAAAUUCUUAUGUUGGUGAUGGUAUUCGAGAUUGUGAUUAUAAAGAUGAUGAAGAACAAAGUACGAUCGAUGAAGUUUGUUUGACAGAUCAAACUAACACCUUUUUCAAAUGUCAAACAAACAAUAAAUGUAUUCGCCGAAAUCAAGUUGAAAAUCACAUUUGUGAUUGUAACAUGGAUGAAUACGGUAUGUGCGAUGAUGAAGAUCUACAAUUAAAUAAAAAAAGACGACAAAUUACGUUUUCAACGAUUUGUGAUCGUUCGAUCGAUCUUUUACCAAUUACGAUUAAUGGACAAAAUCAUACGGAUGAAACCAAUUGUGAACAAUGGCCAUGCAAUAAUACAUAUACACGAUGUGAUGAUUUUUGGAGUUGUCUUGAUGGAGCUGAUGAAGUCGAUUGUGAUCCAACAUCAUUGAUCAAAUGUCCAUCUUAUUAUCAUAUAUGUGUUUCACCGAAUACAAAUGAAUGGAUAUGUUUGCCUAUUGAAAAAGCCAAUGAUGGUACUAUUGAUUGUUUAGGCGAUAUCGAUGAACCAACAUUAUGUCCAAUAAAAAAUCGUCUUAAGGAAUCAAGAAAAUUUUAUUGCAAAAAUGGUGACUCUGAUAUAUGCUUAUCCAUGGAGUAUGUUUGUGACGGGAUAAAACACUGUGAAAAUGGUGAUGAUGAACAGUUUUGUAACUCAACCACGAAAGACUUCUUUCGAAAUGAUCCAGAUAAUUCAAAGACUAAAACAAUAUCGGACGCAAAUGUCUACGACACUAUUAAAUCAAAACCAACAGAUGUCCAGUUAAAGAAAUCGAAACAAAAUGAAAUGAUAGGACAAUUAUCGAUGAUCGAUGAAAAUGAACAUCAUUGUCACCGUGGCCUUCCUUUACAAGUUGUGUUAGAUAGAGACAAGAAUGUAAUAACAAAAACAUGUCUUUGUCCACCAUCUUAUUAUGGCGAUCGUUGUCAAUAUCAAAAUCAACGUGUUAGUCUCACUAUGGAAAUCAAUGCAUCUUUGAAAUCUCGACACACAUUAUUUGUACUUGUCAUUUCAUUAAUCGAUGAUAGUGUUGAACGAAUUAUUCAUUCAUAUGAACAACUGUCUUAUUUACCUAUGCGAGAUCAAUAUGUUAAAUUCAAUGUCUAUUUACUUUAUUCUCUUCGACCCAAAAGUCUUACAAAACAAUAUUCAGUACAUAUUGACAUUUAUGAAAUGGUUACAUUAUAUUAUCGAGGAAGUCUACUGAUACCACUGAAAUUUCCAUUCUUACCUGUCGAACGUAUUGCUGUUCAACUUAAUAUUCCAGAUACAAAUAAUAUUGUUCAAACAUGUACUAAUCCUCAAUGUAUUCAUGGUGAAUGUAUUCAAUAUUUAAAUGAUCCGAAACAUACUAGUUUUUGUCGAUGUAAUACAGGUUGGACUGGACGAUACUGCACUACUCCUUAUAUAUGCACCUGUUCACGUGAUUCGUUAUGUGCUGGUAUUACAGCAGACAAUCGUUCGAUAUGUGUAUGCCCUUUUAACAAGUUUGGUUCUCAAUGUUUAUUAACGAAAACUGUAUGCCAAGACGUCCCAUGUUUAAAUGGAGGCGUAUGUAUACCUUCUGAUGAAUAUAGUGCAUCUGAUCGACCAUAUAUGUGCAUCUGCCGAAAAGGAUUCUAUGGAGCAAGAUGUGAAAUACCUGAUAAUAAGUUUAUUCUUUCAUUUCACAACGAUCUUAAUUUCCUUUCACAACCACCCGUAUUUUUUCAUUUCAUCUACCUUUUCAAUCGUGCUCAAUAUACGCACAACAAAAAUCCCACAAAAAUAUGUGAAAAUGAUACUUCAAUUAUUAGUUAUUGGUCAUAUCCAUUUGAUAUUGCUUUUGUCGAACUUUCGCCGUACCAGUACUACUUGGUUGCUAAUGAAAGAAUAGAAUAUUCAUCAGUUAUUGUUCGAAAAAUUAAUCCAUCCGAUCGUUGUCGAUUUAUAAAUGAAAUAUUUAUUGAAAACAUCACACAAAUGCAUCUUAUUCAGCGCAUUAAAUAUUAUCAUAUACCAUGUCAAAAUCGCUUUUUAAAUUUGUCUUGCUUUUAUGAUGAUGUUUACAUGUGUGUAUGUCAGGGUUUAUAUCAACAUUUAGCUAACUGCUUCAGAUUUAAUCAUCAUAUCAAUCCUGAUAAUUUAGAUUUGCCUCACAAUCAACUCGAACGUGAAUGUUCGGAAGAUUAUUCAACUAAUUCAUCGAUUUUAUCAACGUCAUCUAUUCUAUCAACUUCAUCUAUUCCAUCAUCUUCAUUCAUAUCAUCUAGCCCAUCAAUAACAUCAACUCAUAGUGGCAUGCCAUCUAUUUACGCUUGCGAAUAUUUUAUAUAUUUAUUCAUCUUGCUAUUUUGUUUACGCAUUCAUUACACACAAUGA